CCACACGUUUGCAGCAGCCCGCGCGGUGAGCGGAAACAGAGAGUCACACGUUUGCGUCUUUCACCCUGCUGGAUGCAUAUGGGAUCAGGAUCAUAGCGUUCGCUCAAGGAUCGUUUUGGAUCCUUCUUUGUAUCCGGACGCGAUCCUGCGCUGCAACAAUACUCUCCUUUUAUCCAGGUUCUCCUCCCGCGCGCUGUCCUCUUGCGCUGGUAAGCGGGCGAACAUCGCGAGUGCGCGCGGCGGACCGGGCAGCGGAAGGAAGCCGAGGGAUCUUUCCUCGGGAUUAGAGUCACAUCACUGUGCACGGACACAACUCUGCGUUUAGCCUAUUCUGGGAAUUCUAAUAACCUUUGUGCGAGUGUGUGCGUGUGUAUGCCUAAAGCGUAAACGCAUCGUUUCUUGGGAGGAGCAUCUCUCCAGUUUGAGGCAUGUUUAGUUCAUAAACAAGGAAGAGGGAUCGCGUGCUUUGAGGGAUGUAAUAGGCUGCUUGGAUGGGGACACAGCUACCUGACGCGAUCUCUGGACAUUACUGAACCUGAUGCCUUUGCGGAGAUUUUACUGUGAACUCGGAUACCAAAAGAGCGGACGGCGACGCUGCGCUUUUGUAAUUUCUCAACUGCACGUACGUUUACUGUUCGGCUUCUGCAAAGCACGGAUCAUUUCGUUGUCGGGUUCUUCUGAAGAUAAACUUAGGUGCGACAGAUGUUUGGCUGUCAUAUCUUAGGGACUGUGGCGAACAUCUGUCAUUACCAACCACUGUGCAGCGGCUUGCCAGUUUUCAUUUCUCUCGCUUUUCGACCAAAGAUAUUCUAAGAAGCAUUUUAGCUUUGGGUAGCAUUGCUAAUUCCAACUGCCAUUGAACCAAAUAUCCUUCUUGUGGACGCCGCGUGUUAAAUGCAGUACUUUCGCUCGCUCAUGUGGACGGAAACUUGCCCGCAACAAACCCAUCCGGAGGACAAUGAAGCGUCUGCUGAGAGUCAGCGCAAAAUUGUUGACGCAAUCUGCGCCCCCGAAAAGCCAAUCGAUAGCGCAAUAAGGCGCACUCAAUUUGAUUAGGCGAGAGCGAAAUCUCAGGUCAUUCCUCAAACAUUGCCAUCUAUGUAACCAGAAAUUGUCCGACCGGUUUUUCUUGGCAGAUUUAAAAGGACAGAGUUUAUACCAACUUAAUAAUUGUGUGUAACGCAUACACUCUAGUGUAAAUGGUGUUCAGAAAGUUACCCGGUGUCUCUGCAUCGGGGAUGGGGCUUCGCCUGUCGCAGAAAUUCGUGUUUCUACUUUUUCUGUCGGGUUUGGUCACUUUGUGCUUUGGAGCACUUUUCUUUUUGCCCGACUCGGUUCGCCUGAAGCGCAUUUUCUUAUCGAAGAAUGAGAGCCCAGCGGUGACCGUGGGCUCCGAAAAUGACGCGAGGGAACUUUCCAAAAAAGCGCCCGGGGACCCAGAGCAUUCGCGGGCUUCGUUAAAGGGCGAGCUAAAUAAACCCAAAGUUAGCCGAAAACCCUCUGUCACACACGAUGCCCGAACCGUCGAACGGUCUGUGGGGAGCAGGACACAAGAGGACUGGACCCCCCCGAGGACAAAAAUGGACCCCGGCGACGAACUUGCGGCAAAAAACGACAGAGUGACCUCGUCCUCACAUAACGGCGCAAGCAGAAAGGGUUCCGAUUACGAGAUGGUCAAAAAGUGUCUGCUGAAACCUUCCCUUGGAAUUGACCGUGGGAAGCCCUCGGACACUCAAACCAUACAGAGGCGAGAUAAAAUCCGAGAGAUGAUGAAGUUUGCGUGGGACAACUACCGCCAGUAUGCCUGGGGUAAAAACGAGCUCAGGCCCCUGACCCGAAAUGGCCACAUCGGGAACAUGUUCGGUGGGCUCCGGGGGGCUUCCAUCGUGGACUCUCUGGACACACUGUACAUCAUGGGCCUGACGGAGGAUUACAAGGAGGCUAAAGAGUGGGUGAUUAACAACCUGGACCUGAACUCAAACGGUGAGGCGUCUCUCUUCGAGGUGAACAUCCGCUACGUCGGCGGACUGCUCUCUGCAUACUACCUGACUGGCGAGGAGGUGUUUAAGCAGAAAGUGUUGGAGCUUGGAGAGAAACUGCUACCAGCAUUCAAUACCCCCACUGGCAUUCCCCGAGGAGUGAUCAACCUGGGCAGCAGUGGCACCAGUUGGAGCUGGGGGUGGGCCUCCGCCGGGAGCAGCAUCCUGGCUGAGUUCGGCACGCUGCACCUGGAGUUCGUGCACCUGACGGAGCUCUCCGGAAACCCCAUCUUCACCGAGAAGGUCAUGAACAUCCGAAAGCUGUUGGACAAGAUCGAGAAGCCGCAUGGACUGUACCCGAACUUCCUGAGCCCUGUGAGCGGGAACUGGGUCCAGCAUCACGUUUCUCUGGGAGGCCUGGGAGACAGCUUUUACGAGUACCUGAUCAAAUCCUACCUGAUGUCGGACAGGACAGAUGAGGAGGCCAAACGCAUGUAUUACAGUGCUUUGGAGGCAAUAGAGGCCAACCUGGUGCAGAAGUCCCCAGGAGGGCUGACGUAUGUAGCGGAAUGGAGAGGCGGAAUUCUGGACCACAAGAUGGGUCAUCUGGCCUGUUUCUCAGGUGGGAUGGUGGGCAUUGGGGCAGACGACAGCGUGCCAGAGAAAAGGCAGCACUACCUGGACCUGGCAGCAGAGAUCACACACACGUGCCAUGAGUCCUACAGCCGGUCGGCCACCAAGCUGGGCCCCGAAGCCUUUCGCUUUGAUGGAGGUGCUGAAGCGACUGGCACCAGACUAAGCGACCGCUACUACAUCCUGAGACCAGAGGUCAUCGAGAGCUACAUGUACAUGUGGCGUCUGACGCACGACCCCAAGUACCGGCAGUGGGGCUGGGAGGCCGUGGAGGCGCUGGAGAAACACUGUCGUGUAGACGGGGGUUUCUCGGGGAUCAGAGACGUAUACGCCUCCACAGUCAGCCAUGACAACAUGCAACAGAGCUUCUUCCUGUCUGAAACACUGAAAUAUCUGUACCUGUUGUUCUCGGAUGACGACCUGCUGCCUCUGGAUGACUGGGUCUUCAACACCGAGGCCCAUCCCCUCCCCAUCGUACGCAAGAACUGCCUACAGCCGCACGGCACCACACAGAACAUUGAUCAGACACGUCCAGAGUAGCUUAUGAUCACACGCUCACAGACACACACACACACACCAGUGCAGGGCCACAGCCUUAAAGGCCCCGUCGAAGACUCUUGGCUCCUUUCCCGUAAAGGAUGUUGUGGUAUACGCUGUGAUUGUACGUCUUCAAGCCGGGACAUCCUGCCCAAUUGGGGGAGCCGGCACAACUUUUUCUGUGGACAAUCAAAACAAAUCAAGUGACUUUUGUGAAAAGAGCACCUUUUUCUUUCCUUCCUUCCUCUGUGAGGAAAAAAACUGAAUAUCAUUCAGGCCCAAAUCUCCCAGAUGAGUGCCACAUCAUAGGCCAUUCCAAGAGAAAGAGAAAUCCACUUUUCUUCACUCUUCGUCAGUGAUUUAGCAUUUCUUUCCAUCUUUAGCCAAAGCUUUUCUGAUGUCAUUUCCUUCCUUCUUCUUCUUUUUUUUUGCCAAACACAGUUCAUUUUUAAAAAAAUAUCUUACCAUGACAGAUUUGGUUGUCAGUUUGCUUUUCAAUAUCAUGCAAGGACCAAGAUGUCUGAAGGUUUGAAAACAAUUUUCAGGAAAAAAAAAAAAGUCACCGACGACUCAGUGUAUCA